UGGCUGGUGACUGGUGGUAAGGAAAGAAAUGCCAACCAAAGGCAAACUGCAUUGAUUCAUGAUUUAGCAUGGUUAGUGAUGAAUAAAAGUGAAACGUGAAGGAGGUGGCAGAGAAGUCGUGCAAUAUGUCAUCCAAACAACAACAAGUAGAAGAAGUAGACAUGGACCUGAUGAUGGAUGUUGGAGACAGUGAAGGGGUUGUUGUGUACAACAAAAAUGACCAUUCAUCUAAAGGAUUCUCAGCCAUGGAAAGCAUACGUCGAAAGGGUAAACUCUGCGAUGUCACUUUGAAGGUUGGUGAAAGCAAAUUUUCAGCUCAUCGAAUAGUACUGGCAGCAGCUAUACCAUACUUCCAUGCCAUGUUUACCAGUGACAUGGUGGAGAGUAAACAAGAAGAGAUUACCAUGAGUGGCAUUGAGCCUAGCGCUCUGGAGACACUAGUGAACUAUGCAUACAGUGGUCGUGUAGCUAUGGAUAUACAUAAUGUGCAAUCAAUAUUGGUUGGAGCCAAUUUCCUUCAGCUACAAGAUAUUAAAGAGGCAUGCUGUGACUUUCUGAAAGACAGGUUACAUCCGAGCAAUUGCCUUGGUAUACGACGCUUUGCUGACACCAUGGUGUGCUCUAAACUCUUUGAGGCUUCCACAAGCUUUAUGCACAAGAAGUUUGUUGACACAUCACAAUCUGAGGAGUUUCUGACACUCAGUAAAAUGGAACUGAUGGAAAUCAUUUCAACAGAUGAGCUCAACAUAACAGGCGAAGAACAGGUUUUUGAUGCAGUUAUUGGAUGGGUCAAGUAUGACCUAGAUGACCGAAGACCACUAAUGCCAGAACUCUUGUCCAGGGUUCGACUCCCACUAAUCCGUCCGCAGAUACUAACUGAUAGAGUAUCAACAGAAGAGCUUGUUAGGAGCUCACACCAGUGCAGGGACCUCGUAGAUGAAGCGAAAGAUUAUCAUCUGAUGCCAGAACGUAGGGCUCUCUUCCAAAGUCAACGCACUAAGCCAAGGUUAUGCAAUGAUAUCGCUGGACUCGUCUAUGCAGUCGGGGGCUUGACUAGAGCAGGAGAGUCCCUUAAUGCUGUAGAAAUCUAUGAGCCUGCAAUAAACAAGUGGCUUAUUGGAAAGCCAAUGACAACCCCACGUAGUAGAGUAGGGGUGACUGUAUUGAACAGUAGACUGUAUGCAAUAGGUGGAUAUGACGGACAAGCUAGACUAAAUACAGUAGAGGUGUUUGAUCCAUGCAGUAGUGAAUGGUGGGAUGUAGCUCCUAUGAAUAGCAGAAGAAGUGCCCUUGGUGUAGCAGCUCUAGAUGGCCGUGUGUAUGCGUGUGGUGGUUACGAUGGGAUAUCAUCCCUCAGUUCAGUGGAGUGCUAUGACCCCGAUACCAACAAAUGGUACAUAGUUUCUGACAUGACCAAGUCACGUAGUGCUGCUGGUGUAGCUGUACUCAAUGGUGAGAUAUAUGCUGUAGGAGGACAUGAUGGUCUGCAGAUAUUUAAAUCCGUUGAAUGCUUCAAUCAUUUCACCGGUCGCUGGACAGUAGUACCAUCCAUGCAGAGUAAACGUUGUAGAUUAGGAGUGACAGCAUUCAAUGGUAAACUCUAUGUGUGUGGUGGUUACGAUGGAUGUAAGUUUCUUGACACAGUGGAGGUAUACGACCCUGUAGCCAAUGAAUGGUCCUUUGCUACACCCAUGAACUCAAGACGUAGUAGGGUGGCUCUAGUAGCUAAUCAGGGUCAUUUAUACGCUAUUGGAGGAUACGAUGGGUUAACCAAUCUGAACUCAGUAGAGAUAUACGAUCACCAUCUAGAUAAAUGGAGCCUGGUUUCACCAAUGAUGGCUCAUGAAGGUGGAGUAGGAGUAGGUGUUAUACCAUUGACUGCUUGAUGAUGUUAAUGCAGUGGUGAAUCACUGUCAUGAAUCUAGAGUGCAAAGCAUUUACCAUUGACUGCUUGAUGAUGUUAAUGCAGUGGUGAAUCACUGUCAUGAAUCUAGAGUGCAAAGCAUUUACCAUUGACUGCUUGAUGAUGUUAAUGCAGUGGUGAAUCACUGUCAUGAAUCUUGAGUGCAAAGCAUUUACCAUUGACUGCUUGAUGAUGUUAAUGCAGUGGUGAAUCACUGUCAUGAAUCUUGAGUGCAAAGCAUUUACCAUUGACUGCUUGAUGAUGUUAAUGCAGUGGUGAAUCACUGUCAUGAAUCUUGAGUGCAAAGCAUUUACCAUUGACUGCUUGAUGAUGUUAAUGCAGUGGUGAAUCACUGUCAUGAAUCUUGAGUGCAAAGCAUUUACCAUUGACUGCUUGAUGAUGUUAAUGCAGUGGUGAAUCACUGUCAUGAAUCUUGAGUGCAAAGCAUUUACCAUUGACUGCUUGAUGAUGUUAAUGCAGUGGUGAAUCACUGUCAUGAAUCUUGAGUGCAAAGCAUUUACCAUUGACUGCUUGAUGAUGUUAAUGCAGUGGUGAAUCACUGUCAUGAAUCUUGAGUGCAAAGCAUUUACCAUUGACUGCUUGAUGAUGUUAAUGCAGUGGUGAAUCACUGUCAUGAAUCUUGAGUGCAAAGCAUUUACCAUUGACUGCUUGAUGAUGUUAAUGCAGUGGUGAAUCACUGUCAUGAAUCUUGAGUGCAAAGCAUUUACAAGUACAUCCAUUGAAUGAAUUUAGCAGCAUUAUGGUGUAUUUUAUAUAACACCCAAAUAGAUCCUUGCCAUUUGGUUGGAGGAUUGUCCAUCACGUGUCAGCAAAUUAACGUGAAUUUUUUCUCCAUCCAAUUUGUUUUAUUGCUCGGUGCGUACUACAUCCUUGCGUCUUUGAUAAUGCAGCAGUACAGUUACUGCAAGGCACAUGCUACAUUACGGCGCCACGUGUCUAAACAGCAGUACAGAACGUACUUAGGCACUGUUGAAUUCAAGCAAGCCGAACCAGAAGACAUGGGUGGAGUGUCACAAUUAAAUAUUUUACGCUUAGUUUGGAAAGUUGUAUCCUCGAAUCAAAAUGAAAAAAAAAAGCUCUACCUAGACGUUAUAUAAAACAAAUAAUGAAUGUUUUUCAGUCAUGUAAUAGUGAGAAUAUUUUCAAUUGUUGAAAGGUGAAAUGCUCUUUUCAACUUGGCCCUGCCUCAUUGAAAAGAACAUUGCAUCUAUCAACUCAUGAACAUAUUCGCACCAUUGCACUUAUAAACAUUCAUUAUUUGUAUACCAUAGUAUGUGACGCCUAAGUCCCAAAUGAAUCAGUCCUUUAAACUAGUGAAAUGGCAUUAAAGGUGAAGACAAUUGGAAUAUCAGCAAUGAUCAAUGUGUGAUAUUUUGAAUAAACUAAGGAAAUAAAAGAGAUGCGACAAGGUCUUAAACGUCUGUUUUAAAACGGUAGGGUGAUAGCCAUUUAUAUCUGAGGUGGAGCUCUAUUUUUGCAUCGCCAAGACCCUGCAAAGUUUGAAUGGCCGUUUAAGACUAAAUCAGUAUUUUUAUUUCCCUUUAUAAAUGCCCUUUUUGUCACUUUCUGGGACUCCUUUUCACUAAAGGUCAUAGUGCGCAAGACACUCGAUGAUUGUGCAUAGGUGCGAAUACCAAUAGAUUUUAUUUUUAGUACAGGUAUCUAUUGAUUGCCUUAUGCUUAAAUUGACACCCCUGUAAGCUUGAACACCAGGCGAUUAUUCCAUUCACGUUGACUUCACCUAAAUAUUGAAUGGUGUUCCAUUGUCAACCCAUGAUUAUAUUCUCGAACAAUCGUACAAGUUGAUCAGCGUGGCAGUACCCUGACCAACUUGAAGAUCAACCUGUCCGAGAAUAUUGUGCUAUUAAAUAUGUAGUGUUUUAAGCCAAUUUGAAGAAUUAAUCAUUGUCGAAAAACCUUAAGAACAGUUUUGUUUUGUGUUGCAAGUUUCCUGGAGGAUCAAUACGCGUAUUGGAUAUAUGGGCUGCAGAAGCACUAUAUUUUCCCAUACUCCACUUACGCUAAUAAUUAUAAGUUAUCACACAAGCGCGAGUGGAAUACGGAAAAAUAUAGCGCUUCUGCGUCCCAUAUCCAACGAAUCGAAGGCGGAUGUGGAUAUGGGACGCAUACACGCUAUAUUUUCCGUAUUUCCACGAGCGCGCGUGUGAUAACGUACUUAUCUUCAAGCAAACUUGGCGGGUGACAUAGA